AGGUUUUGUUGCCCUUGCUCAUCUCUGUAUCUUUUUGGCGGGAAAAUCGAGCAGAAAAAAAACCCUCGAGGACAGAGAUCAGAGAUUGCGAGCGAGAGAUUGAGAGGCGAGAGAGAUAAUGGCGGAUGAAGGUAAAGAGGAGACGGGAAUGGAUCAAGUGGAGGAAGAUUUCUCUGUCUGGAAGAAGAACACACCAUUUCUCUACGAUCUUUUGAUCUCUCACCCACUCGAAUGGCCAUCUCUCACCGUCCAUUGGGUUCCAUCGCCUCCGAUUCCUUACGCGGCGGACCCUUACUUCGGCGUCCACAAGCUUAUACUGGGAACUCAUACUUCCGGUGGUUCUCAAGAUUUCCUCAUGGUCGCCGACGUCGUUACUCCGACACCAAACGGUGAGCCUGGGUUGCGCGGCGCUAAUCAGGAUCCUGUAAUCCCUAAGGUGGAGAUAAGGCAAAGAAUACGUGUUGAUGGAGAAGUGAACAGAGCGCGGUGCAUGCCUCAAAAGCCUACGCUUGUGGGUGCAAAGACAAGUGGGUGUGAGGUGUUUCUGUUUGAUUACGCCAAACAUGCUGCUGAAAAGCCACAAACGAGUGAGUGUGAUCCUGAUCUGAGGCUAAUGGGACAUGACAAGGAAGGGUAUGGAUUGUCUUGGAGUCCUUUCAAGGAAGGUUAUCUUCUGAGUGGUUCACAGGAUAAAAAGAUCUGUCUUUGGGAUGUUUCAGCUGCGCCGCAAGAUAAGGUUUUGAAUGCAAUGUUUGUGUAUGAGGGACAUGAAAGUGCUAUUGCAGAUGUAUCAUGGCACAGGAAGAAUGAGAACCUUUUUGGGUCUGCCGGUGAGGAUGGUCGAUUGAUAAUAUGGGACACACGGACUAACCAAAUGCAACACCAAGUGAAAGUUCAUGAAAAGGAGGUGAACUAUCUGUCUUUCAAUCCAUUCAAUGAAUGGAUUUUAGCCACAGCUUCCUCAGAUUCUACUGUUGCCUUGUUUGACCUCCGCAAGCUGAAUGCACCAUUGCAUGUCUUGAGCAGCCACGAGGGAGAGGUUUUCCAAGUGGAGUGGGAUCCUAACCAUGAGACAGUACUCGCAUCUUCUGGGGAGGACAGAAGGCUGAUGGUCUGGGACCUGAACAGGGUUGGAGAAGAGCAGCUUGAGAUAGAGUUGGAUGCAGAAGAUGGUCCACCAGAGUUACUCUUCUCUCACGGAGGCCACAAGGCUAAGAUAUCAGACUUUGCUUGGAACGAAAAGGAGCCUUGGGUCCUUGCUAGUGUAGCCGAAGACAACAGUCUUCAGGUCUGGCAGAUGGCGGAAAGCAUCUAUCGUGACGAAGAGGAUGCUGAGGCCGACAUCAACGAAGAUAUUACACACCAGUCAUGAAAAAUUGAAAACUAAGAAAUGAUUUGGUCUCUGCAGUACUUAAGUCAGAUUGUGCUUUAGCUAGUUUCGAAAAACAAGCUUUGUGUCUGUAGUACUAACAUGAAUCAGUUCUGUUUGUUAAUGUAAACCAUGUUUGGAUUUUGUUGGUUUCGUA